AUGGGGCCAUCCAACACAGAUGGGCCGCUGGCAAAGCGUCAGAGAGUCGCUGCUCCCGCUCCCACAUCCAAGGCGCGCGCGAAUGUUUCGCGCAUAUUUGCCCCAUUCCGAAUUACAACAUCGGUCGGCAGAGCACUACAAACCUACGACCUGAAGCGUGGUCUGAACCUCGUCUUCGUUACCCGGCCCGAAACCCCCGCCGUAAUUACCGCCACUUUUGCCUGGAAAGAAAAGGAUUUUGCUGCAUGGGGUGGAGGAGAUAUCUCUGGACCCAAAGGCCUCUGGGUCUUCCAAAGAGGCAAAAAGGUCGACGAACUUUCCCUCCCGGCCGACCUUGACGAGCCUAUUCAGCAGAUCCUGAUCUUUGGAACAUGGCUGGUUGCCUGCGCUUCGACACGAAUCGAAAUCUUCAAAUCGGCGACUCUUGAGCAUUACACUACAAUCCACACUAUGGCGGCAGCCAACGGCGACAACAGAAUCACCGGUGGCGUGACAAUGAUGCCGACCCUCUUGAACAAAAUCCUCGUUGGUCGCAAGGACGGUUGGGUUGAAAUUUGGAAUGUCAGCACCGGAAAGCUCAUUUACACUCUUCUGCCACGAAUUCCCGAUGCUGGUUCUGUCACUUGCCUCGAACCGAGCCCGGCGCUUUCCCUUCUCGCCAUUGCUUAUUCGUCCGGCGCAUUGAUAGUCACGAAUGUGCUUACCGAUAAGCCGUUGCUCGAAAUAGAAGCCGGGAAUCCAGAAGCCCCCAUCACUUCCAUCUCGUUCCGCACUGAUGGAAUGGGUGCUGGAACGGAUGGGCGCAAAGAAGGCGUCAUGGCAACCGCUACUACCGCCACGGGAGAUGUCACAUUCUGGGAUCUGAAUGGCGGUGGCCGGGUUAUGAGUGUCCUACGAAGUGCACACAAUCCUCCCACGAGCGAUGGGUCUACUGUAAGGGGAGGUAUAAGCAGAAUCGAAUUCCUACCUGGCCAGCCGGUUAUUCUUACUAGCGGCCUGGACAACUCCCUGAAAUCUUGGAUCUUCGAUGCCAGUCCAUUUUCGCCUGUCCCCAGGGUUUUGCACUCGCGCAGCGGCCAUUCUGGACCUGUCAAUUGCCUGACAUUCUUGCCGUCUGAUUUUGACGGCGCUGAAGCUGGCAACAAAUGGCUAAUCAGCGGUGGCCGUGAUAGAAGCCUUUGGGGUUGGAGUUUGCGCCGCGAUGGCCAAAGUGCCGAGCUUAGUCAAGGUAAUAUCCGCAAGAAGGCCAAGAAGGUUGGUAUUCUUGCCACCAAUGCUACCGCGCACGGGAUGACUACGACAAUCGAAGACCUCAAGGCACCCGAGAUUACUUGCAUUGCAACUUCAAUAAACCGCGACGGUGGAAUUGGUGCCCUCCCUGGCAAACAACCAAUUUGGCAAAAGGGGGGUGCUCAGAAGAAACCUCUUGAUGCUGAGGUUAGCGGCAUGACUGGCUGGGAAAGUGUCGUGACAGCACACAAGGGCGAUGCGUAUGCCAGGACCUGGUUUUGGGGACGUCGCCGAGCCGGACGCUGGGCUCUCCCCACCGGCGAUGGAUCUCAUGUUUCGACUGUUGCAAUCAGUCCUUGCGGCACAUUCGCGGUGGUUGGGUCGGAGGAGGGUGGGCUGGAUAUGUACAAUCUCCAGUCCGGCACUCAUCGCCAGCGCUAUCCCUCUAAAUUGACGCCUGCACAGGCUCGUCAAGUGAAGGCUCAACAAUUACGACAGGGUGAUGAAUCUGUGUUAUCACACAAGGGCAGUGGUAAGAAAUUCUUGCCUGGCACCGGAAAGCACACAAAGGCCAUUACCGGCCUAGUUGUCGAUUCUAUGAACAAAUACGUGAUAUCCAGCGGAAUGGACGGCAAGAUCAAAUUUUGGGAUUUCUUGACUGGCACGCUACUGGACCAACUUGACUGGGCGCCUAUGACCCGGCCAACGCGCUGCCGCUACCACCCAGGCAGUAACCUGCUUGCCUUUUCCUGUGACGAUAACUCUGUCCGCGUCGUGGAUAUUGAAACGAAGCGGACUAUCAGAGAGUUCUGGGGCCCCCAAGAUGCCAUCAACGAUAUAUGCUUCUCAACUGAUGGGAGAUGGGUUAUUGCCGCCUCGAAAGACUGUCUUGUUCGGAUAUGGGACCUCCCAACAAGUCAUCUGAUUGAUGCUAUCCGUCUCACCAAGCCAUGCAAUGCUAUUGCCAUGUCAGCUACGGGCGAAUACCUGGCAGCAAGCAUUGAUGACGAACAAGGUGUCGCUUUGUGGACUAACAAGGCACUGUUCAAACAUGUGCCAACUCGACAGAUAUCCGAGAAAGACCUCGCAGUACUGCGUGGGCCUACCGUUUCCGGUGAGACUAGUGAAGGAAUGUUGGAAGGUGCCUUUGAAGACGAAGAAGAGGACGAAGAUGCAGGCCUGGUUGCCCCUACGGUUGACCAGUUGAGCUCCGAGAUGACAACACUCAGUCUUGUCCCCAAGAGUAGAUGGCAAACACUUCUGCAUCUGGAUCUGAUAAAGGAGCGAAACAAGCCAAAGGAAGCACCCAAGGCGCCCGAAAAGGCACCCUUCUUCUUGCCAUCUGCCGGUAGCAAACAAGCACUCGCGGAUAAGGCCCAGCAAGAUGGAGCAGAUGACGGGGGGCGGUCUCGAAUCACUAAACUCGAACAAGCCCGACUGGAAGAAGUUUUCAGUUCAAAGCUUCGAGUAGGGGCGGAGAGCGGCAAUUACGACGAGUUUAUUGAUCAUCUAAAGGGGCUAUCGCCCUCGAGCGCUGACCUUGAACUACGAUCACUAUCAAUUGGCAGAGGGAGUGACGAAACCAAUGAGCUUUUGCACUUCAUUCGUGCCCUGAUCUAUAGACUCAAGGCGAGACGAGACUACGAGCUUAAUCAGGCUUGGAUGACUGUAUUUCUACGGCUUCAUUUCGAUCUUGUCUUGGGCAACGCGACGUUGUUGGCAGCUCUCCAGGAGUGGAAGACACUACAAGAACGGGAGGGAAGCCGGUUGAAUGAGUUGGUUGGAUAUUGCGGUGGCGUUGGAAAGAACCGUCGCGGCGGCGGUAGUGGUCGUGGUGGCGGCCACGGCGGCGGCAACACAUGGCGUGACUAUCCUCCUCUGAAGAAGGAGAAUGAGCAUCUCGAGAAUUUUUACAACACGCUGCUUCAGCUUCCCGAGGAGGAGAAGCAGCAGUUCUGGGAUGCCCUCAAGCGCGAGCUUCCCAACAGCUUCCGCUUCUGCGGCUCCAAGGGACACGCUCUGGCCGUCAAGAGACUUUUGCGAACGAGAUAUAUCCCCGAAAUUACCAACAUUGAGCACCAGGAUGGCCGACCCGUCGAGCCGCCUAUGCCCGUUCCCUGGUACCCUGACGAGCUCGCCUGGUGGAUGACGACCCCCAAGAAUGUCGUCCGCAAGUUCCCGCCCUUUGCCGCUUUCCAGAAGUUUCUCGUCUCCGAGACCAGUGUCGGAAAUAUCAGUCGUCAAGAGGUUGUCUCCAUGAUCCCUCCCAUGCUCAUGGACCUCAAGCCCGGCAUGACUGUGCUCGACAUGUGCGCUGCCCCCGGAAGCAAGUCGGCGCAGCUGCUGGAGAUGAUCCACGUCGGCGAAGAGUCGCGCGUGCGCAAAGUCUUGCGCCAGUUCGCGCAAGAAGACGGUCUUGUUCUUGGCGACGAAACCAAGGAAGAGAUCGAGGCCGACCUCGAAGCCGACCCUUCUGACCAGGGCCGCGCCACCGGCCUGCUGAUUGCCAACGAUGCUGACUAUAAGCGCGGCCACAUGCUUGUUCACCAGCUCAAGCGCCUCUCGUCGCCUAACCUCUUAGUUACGAAUCACGAUGCCACCCAGUUCCCAUCCAUCAAGCUCCCUCCCUCGCCCAACACACCAGACAAGCCCAACUACCUGAAGUUUGAUCGCAUUCUUGCCGAUGUGCCCUGCUCCGGUGAUGGAACGCUUCGCAAAAACGCGAACUUGUGGAAGGAUUGGCAGCCAGGUAGUGCUCUGGGCCUGCACGCCACUCAAAUUCGCAUCCUUGUGCGCGCUCUGCAGCUGCUCAAGGUCGGUGGUCGCGUUGUCUACUCUACCUGCAGCAUGAACCCUGUCGAGAACGAGUCGGUCAUUGCGUCCGCCAUUGAGAGAUGCGGCGGCCCCGGCAGCGUUGAAAUUAUCGACUGCAGCGACCAGCUCCCCGGCCUGAAGCGUGUUCCUGGCAUGAAGGAGUGGAAGAUCAUGGACAAGGGUCAUCGGAUCUGGGGCUCUUGGGAGGAGGUGGAGCAGUUUGCCAAGGAGAGCAACGAGGGUGUUGUUCCCGGUCGUGUCUCCCAAACAAUGUUCCCCAAGCUUGAAGGCUCUGAGGCCUACGGACUUCCUCUGGAACGGUGCAUGAGAGUGUACUCGCAUCUGCAAGAUACCGGCGGCUUCUUCAUCACCGUGCUCGAGAAGAAGACUGAUUUCAAGGCCAAGAACGAGAAUGAGCGCAAGCCCCCUGUACCGGCCUCUAAUGGAGACGACAAAACCCCUGCUGAGGGGACUGAGAAGCCCACCGAGGCCGAGAAGCCGAAGGAGCCUGCUGUGACGACCGCGGAAACAGCCACGGAGGAUGCCAAGAUGGAGGAGGCUAACAGCACCUCUGGCAAGCGUCCUCUUGAGGAGGAGCCAGCUGAUGCCGAAGCUGCCAACAAGAAGCUCAAGACAGAAGCGGACUCGUCUGCCGCCGCCACACCACUGCCCAAGCCUGACCCUACCCACAAGCAGCUAAAGAAGCAGGGCCCCGUCGAGGAGCCAUUCAAAUACCUGGAUCCCUCCCACCCAACGAUCCAAAAUAUCAUCGACUUCUACAAGCUGUCGCCUCGCUUCCCGACGAACCGGUACAUGGUACGCAACGAGAUGGGCGAGCCAGCCAAGGCCAUCUACUACACCACAGAGCUUACGCGCGACAUCCUGACGGAGAACGAGGGCCGCGGUAUCAAGAUCAUCCACGGCGGCGUGCGCAUGUUCAUGAAGCAGGACGCGCCGUCGGCCGAGGUGUGCCGCUGGCGCAUCCAGUCGGAGGGCAUGCCGAUUCUUCAGGGCUACGUCGGCGAGACGCGCAUCGUGCGGCUGCGCAACAAGGAGACACUGCGCCGGCUGCUCAUCGAGAUGUUCCCCAAGAUCAACGAGGACGCGUGGCGCGCCUUUGACGAGAUCGGCCCGCGCGUGCGUGACGUCGGCAUGGGCUGCUGCGUGCUCCGCGUCGAGCCCGAGGUCGGCGUCGACCCGGACUUUUCCGAGUCCAUGGCCCUGCCGCUCUGGAAGAGCAUCCACUCGCUCAACCUCAUGCUGCCCAAGGAGGACCGGGCCGCCAUGCUGCUCCGCAUCUUCAACGACACCACGCCGCUCGUCAACAUCGCGCAGCAGCUGCAGCAGAAGAGCGAGGCCGCGAAGAAGGAGGCUGCCGAGAGGGAGGCCGCCGAGUCGAAGACGGAAGGCGCGGAUGGUGCCGAGGAGCAGGAAGCGCUGGACAAUGCCGACGUGGAGGACCUGCCCAGCCCGGAAUAG